AUGGAAUCAAGGAACAAUGUAACUUACUUUGUCCUCCUGGGCCUCACACAGAAUACAAAAGAGCAAAAAGUCCUUUUUGUUAUAUUCUUGCUCUUCUACAUUUUGACUGUGGUGGGAAACCUACUCAUUAUCGUGACUAUAAUUGUCAGUAAGACCCUGAACUCACCGAUGUACUUUUUUCUUGCUAGCUUGUCAUCUAUGGAUGUCGCUUACUCCUCUUCUAUUGCCCCCAGAUUGAUUUCAGACUUGUUCUUUGGGGAAAAUACCAUACCCUUUGAAUGUUGCAUGACACAGCUCUUUAUAGAUCACUUUUUUGGUGGAUCAGAGGUCUUCCUUCUGUUGGUGAUGGCCUAUGACCGCUAUGUGGCCAUCUGUAAGCCUUUGCAUUACUUGGUUAUCAUGAGGCAAAGGGUGUGUGUUGUGCUGCUGGUUUUGUCCUGGGUUGGAGGGUUUCUACACUCAGUAAUUCAACUUAGCACUAUUUAUGGGCUCCCAUUCUGUGGCCCCAAUGUCAUUGAUCACUUUACAUGUGACAUGUACCCCUUAUUGAAACUGGUCUGUACUGAUACUUAUGUCAUUGGCAUCUUAGUGGUGGCCAAUGGAGGACUGAUCUGCUCUAUUGUGUUUCUGCUCUUAAUCAUCUCCUAUGGAAUCAUCUUGCACUCUUUAAAGAACCUGAGUCAAGAAGGGAGGAGGAAAGCCCUCCAGACCUGUGGUUCCCACAUCACUGUGGUUGUCUGCUUCUUUGUUCCCUGUAUUUUCACAUAUGCAAGACCUGCUAAAACCUUUCCCAUUGACAAAUCACUGAGUGUGUUUUAUACAGUCAUAACCCCCAUGCUGAACCCAUUAAUCUACAGUCUAAGAAAUUCUGAGAUGACUAAUGCUAUGAAGAAGCUCUGGAGAAAUAAAGGCAGAUCAAGUCAAAUUAGCUCAUUAUCCCUUAUGAAGUUAGUAAUUUAUCAUUAG